AACAAAGAAUUAUAAAAGAUUACGUACAGAUAGAGAGAAAAGGUUAUGUGUAUAUUUAUUUAUAUAUAAAGAGAGAUAGAUCUACCUAGGACAAAUUGAAAUUGGUGAAUGGCGUAUUGGUCAAGCAUGCUGUUGCUGUUGCUGCUUCUGGCGUUGUUGGUCGAGGUUGGAGGAGCCAAGUGUGGAUGGAACGACACAGCUAUCAGAUUCCCCUUUGGACUCAAACAUGACCAAGAUCAGUCAGCCUACCCUGGGUUCGAGUUAUCUUGCAGAGGCGAACACACAGUUCUUGAGUUCCCAAAAUUAUCUUUGAAGUUCUUCGUUCAAGAUAUUGACUAUAGAGCUCAAAGAAUUAACCUUUACGACCCUGAUAAUUGCAUUAAGAGAAAGCUUUUAGAAAUCCCUGACUUACCAUCAAUUUCUCCAUUUCUUUUCGCCGGAGAUGAGCUCACUAGUUAUUCCUUGUUCAAUUGUUCUAUCGAAGGAGUUAGCGGACUCUAUUACAAAUCCAGAUCUUGCCUUGCUGGCCCUGGAUAUCUUAUUUAUUAUGCAAAAUCUCAAACUGCAAUUGAAGACUUGCCCUUAUAUUGUUCCAAGUUGAAUAACUUCACUACACCCUUUCUAGAUGUACUGGAUAAUGAUAAUGAUGAUAACGAACUAAUUUUGAGAUGGCUUGAACCAAAUUGUAAACAUUGUGAAGAAAAUGGGAAGAGUUGCCGUCUCAAUAAUCCCACCAAUCUCAAAUCAAUUGAAUGUUUUCAUCAUGAAGAUAAACCUAUGAAUCUUAUGGCUAUUAUUGAUACAACCCUUGGUGCGGCAGUCCUGACAGUGGUACUUAUUCUAGUUUAUCAUGCUCGCAACUCUAAUAAACAGGCAACCGAGCAUAAACUGAGAAUAGAGAGAUUUUUGGAGGAUUACAACGCUAUGAAACCAAGCAGGUAUACACAUGCUGAUAUCAAACGAAUGACUAGUCAAUUCAGGGAAAAAUUGGGGGAAGGAGCUUACGGAACAGUUUACAAAGGAGAGCUCUCUGCUGAUGUUUUGGUCGCAGUGAAAAUCCUUAACAAUUCAAAAGGAAAUGGAGAAGAGUUCAUAAAUGAAGUUGGUACAAUUGGUCGAAUUCACCAUGUCAACGUGGUUCGUUUGGUUGGCUAUUGUGCGGAUGGAGCCAAUAGAGCUCUUGUUUAUGAGUUCUUACCAAAUGGGUCAUUGCAACAAUUCAUAUCUUCACCAGAUUCUGUACAUUUCCUUGGAUGGGAAAAGUUGAAAGACAUUACUUUAGGCAUAGCUAAAGGAAUUGAAUACCUUCACCAAGGAUGCGACCAACGAAUUCUUCAUUUUGAUAUAAAACCUCAAAAUGUUUUGUUGGACGACAACUUCACUCCAAAAAUUUCAGAUUUUGGUUUGGCCAAGUUGUGUUCCAAGGAUCAAAGUAUAGUGUCAAUUACUACUGCUAGAGGGACCAUGGGUUACAUUGCACCUGAAGUUUUCUCUAGAAACUUUGGAAUGAUUUCAUAUAAAUCAGAUAUCUAUAGUUUUGGAAUAAUGCUGCUUGAAAUGGUUGGAGGGAAGAAGAUCACUGACGUGAAAGAGGAAGUUUACUAUCCAGAAUGGAUUUAUAACCUCUUAGAAGAAGGGGAAGAUCUAGUAAUUCAUAUCGACAAAGAAGAAGAUACUAAGAUUGCUAAAAAGUUAGCAAUUGUAGGACUAUGGUGCAUUCAGUGGCACCCUACAGAUCGUCCUUCUAUGAAAGUUGUGGUUCAAAUGCUUGAAAGAGAAGAGAAGUUGACUUUACCACCUAAUCCUUUUGCCUCUACAGAUUCAACAAAAACUGUAGUUGAUAUGCCAAGAAGGCGAAUGAACCUAGACUUAGAAACUAUAACUGAGUUGGAGUGAGUAUGAGAAAGGUGUAGCAAAGUUUCUCUCUACUAUAUGUGGAUCUAAAUCUAUGCAUUUCUAUGUAGCAAUAAUAUUGUUAAAUAUGUGUAUCACACGAGGCAUCUUAUGAUGUUUAUAUUUUCGUACAUUUUUAAGUUACCUGAAAAUGUUGAAUGAUAUUUAUAUUAUGUAUAAUUAUUUAUUUUUAUUAAUUA